CGCACACGCAACUUACCUCUCGCCAUCACUACCGACGAACGCAAGACACACAACCUGUUCUCAUCCCUUCACCGAGAUCGCUUCUUCCUCAUUCGUAUCCGUCUGAACCCACUUCAACACCAGGAAUUAACGCAAUCGCCCUCGAGAACGUGUAUAUCGUCUCGGAUCUCCUCUUCAUCAGUGAAUUGCUCGUUUCUUCCCGUAUUCUCUGCCUAUAUCGGGCUUUCAGUCUCCUUCCUUGUUGUCCUCACUCUGUAACACUUUUUGUAUACUCACCUACGUGCAAGCUUGUUCUCCUCUUGCCCUGUACUUCUUCUUUUCUUCUGGUCCCUUUGUUGUUCGAAUUUUCACCUUCAUAUAUCCACAACACCAUCAUCUACGGAACCACCACAGACGGAAUGUCGACGGAAACUAUUCCACAUCAAAUCGACCAGGCGGCACCCGUGUCGGCAUUCUUGGGAACGGAAAACGAGGCGCAUGGAGGCAUGCAUGGAGGGGAAGUGUCAGCGGCUUUGCAGGAUUGGAUUCACCGCGCAAUGGAUGCCCUCGCUGCUGUUGGGCCGCCUCCAGUGGGCGUCACUCCUCACUCUGUGGGCGCUGUCCCACAUCUGGCACCGUAUCCAGCUCUACCCGCCCAAGAUGCCACGCUGGACGUCUUGCCCUUCCGCAUCGAUACGAGCCAUAUGCCGGCCAUCCCUCAGGACAGACUGGAGCUCAUUCGGGCGGCAUUCAAUUACGUGCGUGCCAACCUGGCGCACGGUGGACAACCUAUCGCUCGUUCGGACGGAGGUCGCUCGGAUUCGCUGGUGGACGGUUCAGAUGCCGUUCUGGGGAACCUUAUUGUGGAUGGUCCGGAAUGCAACGCAGACGCAGCAGCGGGCUCGAACACCACCGUUGCCCAUCAAUCAAGUCCGUCCCCCUCCCCUCCCGAUGUCAUCCCUCAUAUUUCGCGGACGCCGACUCCCACGGCCGUCGUCGUACCUACAUCCAACGCGCCUGGGCAUUUAGUCGAGGACGAGGUCAUGGCAGACGGGAUGCAGGGCACUCCUGUCAACGGAAGGACGAUGAACCCUCUGCCUUCGGCUAUGGGCACCGCCGAACAUCGGGAUGGGACGUUCAGUGGAGGCCGCGAAGAAGACGAGAAGAACGUAGUGGUCGCUCGGGCCUCGGGCUCACUCCAGCGAUCAGACCGGACCACGCCUUCGACUUCUCUGGACAAUGCUGCGUACGACGCACGUGCACUACAGAAACAAGAGGAGCAGAGGCGGAGGGUCUGGGAGGACAAGAAGCGUGCAUGGCAGUCGAAGGAUGCCAUGCCGACUCGCGAAGACGAUGGGACCAAAGGGCACUCAUCGCGUGCUCCGAAAACUCGUCGGCAGACAUCCCCCCCUCCUGCUCUGCUCAGCCGACUGCGCGAUUUGUCCCCCGACGCAUGCCUCUUCAGCACGUCUCAGCGCGACGUUCCGCAGUCACUAUCGCCGUCGAAUCGGUCUCCGCGGGAUAGGUCCCCGACACCGUCUACACCUCCGCCGUCCGAGUAUGCGGGACUUCCUCUGAUCGAGAGAAUGAGGCCCGCCCCUCUCGUCGGCAGGAUUGGGCCUCCCGUUGAUGAGUCCUACAUCGCCGCUUCCUCCCAGCGAGCGAACGAUGAGACCCGUGGGCGCCGCACCGCGCGCGCGCCCAGGUCCGUUGAGCCAAGCAAGACUCCAUCGUGCAAUGCCGGCCCACCGCACGUCAUGCCUACCGGCAAAGCGGGGACAGCGCCUAUAGCGGCGGCCUCUGUACGGACCGCUUCGGCUAGCUCGCGCAAGUUCACCUCGACUAGCUCACGGACAAUCGCCUCAGCUGGCUCGUUAAGGGUCGAAGGGGCGCGCAGCUCUGAGCAUCGACUCGAGACUGCCUCCCCGAGGCCAGUGACGCUCGCCAGCUCCGCGCCUGGUUCGACAACCCUUAGAACCGCACAGGAAGCUACGUCAGUCGGUGUGGGCGAAACAUUAGUGUCUGGUAACCUACCCUCGGACACUAUGGUGGUCGGCGAUCCCGUUGAGCCGACGACUCCAUCUGUCGCCCCAGCCGUGACAACGACGAUCAUUGCACCUCAGAUCACCACGCCGCUGCCUCCAUCGACGACCCCUUCGAGUAUCGACGACACCAGCAUAUCUCCGAGGAACUCAGGGCCCCUUCCAUCGCGCGCGGACAGUGCGUCCUCAGCACCCAGAUUCCAGGCGUUUUCAGCGUCGAUGUCUGACGACCGCAACGCCGGCACGAUGGAAACGCGACCGCACACCUCUCCUCGAUGCACAUAUAGGCAGAUCGCCGAGGAGUUGCUGUCGUCAACUAUUCCACUCGACAGGAACCAUAGCACCCGUGCGCAAGAGGUGGCUCCUGCACACGCUGCAUCCAUCGUCCUCCCGACGUCACCUGCCGCGCCUGCUGCGUCGACGUUGACGCUCAUCACUUUGUCGUCGGUCUCUGAGCCUACAGGCAAAGAGUCUUUGCCUUUUCCGCCCCUCCCGACUCGGAAUUUGGACAGUUGUCCGAUAUUCUCUCCGGCGUCGAACGGCUCGUCUUCACCGCCCAUCGACCCGGCGAAGCUCGGCGAGUACAUAUUUGGCCUACCCGUCGACAAUCCUGCACCAGUGCCGGAGUUGACCGCGCCUAUCGAGCAGACGAUGGAGGUGGAACAAGAUGGGGAGGCGGACCAGCUUGUCAAGUCUGACGAGCAGUCGAUCGGACCGUUGAAGGUGGACGAGGACGAGAUGGACGAGCCGAUGAAGAUGGAUGAACACACAGCUGAGUCGGUGAAGAUGGAGGAGGAUACGGACGAGAUUAAGGAGGAGGAGGAGCCCGUGGUGAAGACAGAGAACGAGCCGGCGCCCAAGCCCGAAGACGUCAAAGACGAGAUGCUCGUUCCUGUCGAACUCGCUCCACGAUACGAACCUCGCGCUUUGAUACCCAAAUCGCGGCAGCGCUCGUCAGCGUCUCCUUCUGUCGGGCCUUCAUCCUCGUCCUCGGGGCAGACGAAUGGGCAGUCGUUCUGGAUAGAGGUGCCGUCGCGGACAUUCCCCCACGGAGAUUACCUUCCGAUGUCGCCAGACGAGCCUCAGCCCAUUUCUCAGCAUCAGUCCGUUGACCUCUCGCCAGAGCAACCUCUGCGCCGGUCUCCGCGCACGACGCGGUCCGUCUACCGAAGGGCUUCAAUGGCGAAGGCCGCUUCGCCUAAAGUGUCUGCAUCCGCCCCCGCCUCGAAGUCAAGCGCGAGUGCGAAGUCGGUGACCCAGUCGCCUUCCUCCAACGCUCCUACCACGCAGUCGUCUGCGAUAACGGGCCAGUCGUCGUCCAUCGCUGCUCAGUCGUCUCCCGCCGCUGCUCCAUCGUCGCCAACAUUCGUCCAACCGCCUUCCGCCGCUGCCCGCCCAUCCCCCGCAUCCGCGUCGCACCUCGCGACCCCUGUAGUGUCAACUUCAGUCGCGUCUCUGGGUCGCACCUAUCGCAUCCCAGCUCCCUCCGAUGACGAGGAAGAGGGUACGCGCGUCGCUCCUAUCCUCAAGCUGCGGCGCAUGAACGACGACCACCCUCUCGAGCGACCGUCGAAGCGGGUGAGGUGGGCGUAGGUCGUCGAGCCCUUGUGCAGUCCAACCGUCCUUCUUGCUGCUGCAGAGGAGAAUGACGAUUUGGGACGUGGUGUUACCACCUCAUAUAGGGAUGCUGGCAGAUUGCCGGUGAUCCCUUCGGUGACGGUUGUGAAAUCGUUAUCCUUCAAUGCAUGACACGCUGGCGCGUUGUGCACUUCGCAGACAUAUGCCCUCUUUUUUCCGAUUCCUAUGUUCUCCAUUUCUCUCGUAUAUAUCCUCCACCCGGGCUUUCCCUCCCUUUCGCCCGGGCGGGGUUCCGUUUCAAAAGACCAAUCUCGUCUCUUUUAACAAAGCGUAGUAAUCGCGCACGUCUUGCUAUGUGACUUGUACAUUCUAUGCCAAUGUAUGCUGUAGUUUUUGUCUAUGCGAUACUAUUGUUCAUUUC